GCGACGAAAAAUGAAAAUUGAUGAGAACAGACAAUUGUAGUUAAUGACUGAUUUGUAGCUAUUUCAUAUUUAUUGAAAAUAAUUUUUGACUAUAUUAUUGUGAACCUUGUUUCUUUUAUUAAAAAUAACUUUUACAUUUACAUCAGUUACAAGACUAUAGUUUUUACAUAAAAAUUGAGAAAAUUAAGUAUUUUAGAUAUCACCCUGAUAAGAUAGUAAAUAAUAUUUAGUAAAUUUGUUAAAAGUUGAAUGAAAAAUUAUGGUGAAAGAUUUUUACCGUCGUCAAAGUGUUUUAGAAAUCAGAUAACAACUAUAACGAAUGCCUCCGGCUUUGGCGUCCAUGGAACACCUUGGUCCAGGUUUUGUCAACUCCAAAUUGCGCAACCCUUAUUCUCCGUCACGUUCAAAAUUUCAUAGCCCAAAUACAACGUAUGUAAAUACAUCGUCAUAUCAAAAAAAUAAAUGUCCUACUCAACCACCAACAAAUUUACCAUUAUGGACUGCAAUUUACAAUUACGAAGCUCAAGGAGAAGAUGAGUUAAGUUUAAAACGAGGUGAUAUUGUUGAAGUUCUUUCAACUGAUGCAAAGAUAUCAGGAGAUGAAGGAUGGUGGACUGGAAAACUCGGUGAUAAAGUAGGUAUAUUCCCAGCAAAUUUUGUCACCGAAAACAAUAUAUUAGAAAACGUUCCUUCUCUUAUUGGUAAUGUCCAUAUUACUGAAAUUGGCUUCAGUGAACUUGAACUUGAAGAAGUUAUUGGAGUUGGUGGUUUUGGUAAAGUCUAUCGUGGGUAUUGGAAUAAUAAAGAAGUUGCUGUUAAAGCAGCUCGUCAAGAUCCAGAUGAAGAUAUUAGUGAAACAGUGAAAAAUGUGAAACAAGAAGCUAACCUUUUUUGGUUAUUAGAUCAUGAAAAUAUUGUAUCUAUGUUAGGAGUAUGUUUGCAAGUGCCAAAUUUAUGUUUAGUGAUGGAAUAUGCUAGGGGAGGGUCAUUAAAUCGAGUUUUGUUGGGAAGAAAGAUUCGACCAGAUGUUCUAGUUGAUUGGGCAAUUCAAAUAGCUAGAGGAAUGAAUUACUUACAUAAUGGUGCUCCAAUAUCACUAAUUCAUCGCGAUUUAAAAUCAUCUAAUGUGCUGUUGAAUGAACCGAUAGAAAAUAAUGAUUUUCAAUUUAAAACUUUGAAGAUUACUGAUUUUGGUUUAGCAAGAGAAGUUUAUAAAACAACCAACAUGUCAGCUGCUGGAACAUAUGCAUGGAUGGCACCUGAAGUAAUAAAAAAAUCUACAUUUUCAAAAGCAAGUGAUGUUUGGAGGUAAGCAAAAUAUUUAAUGUUA